ACAAGCUAGCCGCGCAUGCGCUGUUCUCUUCCCGGGUGUGAGUGGAAGGUCGCCAUGGGUUUGGAGGAUGAGGUGGUGUUGGCGGGGGGACCUGAGGAUGAAGAGGAGGAAGAAGAAGUGGUGGAUCCCAUAAUAGCAAUUAGAGAGCGGUGUGAGAAGAUCGAAAAGUGUGUAAAGCUACAAGAAAUAUUGGAUGCCUGUACAGAGCGAGUAAAUUCUAGAACACAAACAGAAGAAACCUGUACUGAGGAACUGUUUGACUUUUUGCAUGCCAGGGACCAUUGUGUGGCUGCAGAUAUCUUGAGUAAGUUAAAGUGAAGUCCAGUGCCCAAGGAACUCCGUGUUUCAGGAUUCAAAAUGUUUGUGGAAUUUGGUUAUUCAUUGAGUAAUAACUUUGUGAGAAAUGAAUCCUUUUAUCCAUUGUACAAUGAUUCAGGCAUUGCCUUUGUCAAAGGUUUACUGUAUUUGUGAUUGAAUUUGGAGCCAGACAUUGUUUAGUUAUUCUUGACAUUAUAAAUAAAUUUAUUGAGCCAAAACUUG